UGAAGGCGAAAGUGGUGAAAACUGAUAAAGGCCGUUGCAUAUGGCGCCAUCUUAUCAUAUAAUUCAUCAUAUCAUCGAUCCAUAUGUAGUCCAGCCAAUUCUCUCUCUCUCUUCAUGGAGUCUCUUUCCAGAUGCCUCUCAGCUUUCCCACCAUUAUUAAACCCUUCUAUAAAACCCCGGAAAACAACUCCAAAAACACAUCUUUUCCUCCUAAAUUGCAAUCCCACACUUAUCGAAACUCAAAUCCCAAAUCACCAAUCAAGCAACACUUCAACAACCGCCAUUUCCCCUCACAAUUUGUCCGAAAAUCCCAAUUCCCACAAACUAGUACUCCUCAAACCCCAAUUCUCAUUGCCCUUUCUUGGAUUCACAUUCCCAAUUUCUUGCUUCGCCUCUGAAACCACCGCCGCUCUCCCAACUGAAGAAGUUCCCGGCAGAAUUAACUUGGAAUCCAUUUUGGUUUCGAUCGACAACUUUUUCAACCGCUACCCUUUUUUUGUUGCCACAGUCGUUUUCAUCUGGCUUGUUGCGAUCCCUUUAGCUGAGGAGUAUUCGCAGAAGUAUAAGUUCAUUUCCGCCAUUAAUGCAUUCAAGAAGCUGCAGGAUGACCCCACUGCCCAGUUGUUGGAUAUAAGGGACGAUAAGAGCAUUGCUUCUUUGGGCUCUCCCAAUUUGAAAAUAUUGAGCAAGAAUACAGUGCAGGUCAGAUUUCGAGAAGGAGAUGAAGAAGGUUUUGUGAAGAGGGUUCUCAAGAAUUUUGGGGAGCCAGCUAACACCACUCUUUGUAUCUUGGACAACUUUGGUGGCAACUCUAUGAAAGUGGCUGAGUUAUUGGUGAAAAAUGGUUUUAAAGAGGCGUAUGCUAUUCGGGGAGGAACCAUGGGCAAGAAAGGAUGGCAGGAGAUACAAGAGACCCUCCUACCUCCUUCAGUACAUAUUUAUCCGAAGAAAAAGAGCAAAGGGCCAAAAAAACUUGAUACAAAUGGAGGGAUAGCACGAGUGGAUGAAACUAAAGACUCAUUGUUAAAUACAGCUUCUCCUGCCAGUGAAGAAAUCAAGAAUACCGAUUUUAGUUCCCUUAGUUCCUCUAACAAAUCUGAAGGGGGUCAAAAGCCCCUGUCUCCAUACCCAAAUUAUCCGGAUUUGAAACCUCCGUCUUCCCCAAGUCCAACGAAACCAAAGUGAUGCGAGGCUGUGCUGUUGUGAGUUGCUGCUGCGUUUGUGUAUGGAGGGAAACUUAAGUUACAACUGUUAGUCCCAAAGUAGAAAUGGCUUAGCUGCCUUCCUAACUUGAAACUAUUAAUGCUCAUUUUUCUCCCAAACUACAAUUAGAUGUAGAGUCUUCCAAACAGUUUUGUAUCUACUAUUUGUCGUUAGGGGGGAUUAUACUUUGCCAUCCAAAUUAUGUGGAUUUUUGCAAUUUACCUUACGAAUUUCUUUCUGUAAAUUUGAACCGUGUGAAAUCUGCAUUUGCCACCUGAAAUGCAUUCAUUAUUCUAUUGAAA